UCCCAUCUUCAAGUAUUAUGACUAACGGGAAAAUUAAAAUCAGUUGUUUUUGCAUUCAAAGCCGUCAGUUGGCUUUAAAUCUUGCUAUUAAGCACAUGUAUUAAUCAUUUAUAAGGAAAAAUAUCCAACAAUGGCAUUGCUAUCGCAAAUGGUGAUUUUGCUGAUGUCAGCGUAUUUGAUUACCGGUCAACGACCUUCAUUCGCGGGUUUCCGCCCCAUUGGUUAUCCAGAGUUGCAAAAUAAAACGAAUGAUGAUCUUGGAAAUAGAUUCGGUGAUGAUGGAGAACCGCUUCCACUGCCCAUAGAAGCGAAUGGCGAUAGAGAUCUUGUGAACAGGGUCAGCAAACUUCCGUUGGACAAACAACCUUUCUGGUACAUCAACUGGAAGGCUUUGGAGGCAAACAGGCAAAACCCACAGAAAUACGAUCAAAGGCCUAACGUAUUUAUUGACCAGUCGUCGAAUACAAACCAAAAUACAAAUUUAAAUAGAGAACAGAGUGUUCAGAGUAAUUUGACUUCAAUAUUUAAUACCGAACAAACUCAACCUCCAGCGCCAACUCAAGCGCCAGUCAAUGAUAGAAUUGUUGAGCGAAGAAGGAUCUACAGGCAACGUUUUUAAUAUAAUUCUAACAAAAAAUACAGAUAAAUCUGUCUAAAAAUUUUCCUCAGACAUUAUAUACUCACGUAUGAUACUUAAAAGAUUUUAUGUAAAGGUAUAUUUCAAUAUAUAAAUUUGAAUGUUACAUGCCAAAUCCGUGUUAAUAAAAAUAUAUUUUUAUAUAUA